AUGGCUCCCAUCACAGAAGAGGCUGUUUCGAGCCUGAAGGAUAUGGUCGGAAAGCUCGAAGCCCGAGUGCAGGAUCUGGAAAGCCGCCUUACCAAUGGCUCCAACAAGCCCAAGUCCAUUUCGGAGCAGAUGCGCAUUAUCUUGAUGGGACCCCCCGGUGCCGGCAAGGGUACCCAGGCCCCCAAACUCAAGGACACCUACUGCGUGUGCCACUUGGCUACCGGUGACAUGCUGCGGUCACAAGUCGCCAAGAAGACCGACCUGGGACGGGAGGCUAAGAAGAUCAUGGACCAAGGUGGCCUCGUUAGCGACGAUAUCAUGGUUAACAUGAUCAAGAGCGAGCUUGAGAACAACGCUGAGUGCAAGAACGGUUUCAUCCUGGACGGUUUCCCUCGCACUGUUGCCCAAGCUGAGCGCCUGGAUGAGAUGCUUAACCAGCGCAGCCAGAAGCUCCAACACGCCAUUGAGCUGCAGAUCGACGAUGCCCUUUUGGUCGCAAGAAUCACUGGCCGUCUGAUCCACCCCGCCUCUGGCCGGUCGUACCACAAGAUUUUCAACCCUCCCAAGCAGGACAUGAAGGACGACGUCACCGGCGAGCCGCUAAUCCAGCGUUCCGACGACAAUGUCGACGCCCUGAACAAGCGUCUGGUGACAUACCACGCCCAGACCACCCCGGUUGCUGACUACUACAAGAAGACCGGCAUUUGGCGGGGUAUUGAUGCCAGCCAGGAGCCUGGCCAAGUGUGGAAGAGCCUCCUCGGUGUUUUCCACAAGAACUAA